GCGGACCUGCAUCCUAAAGCAAACCUUUCUGAGACAUUGCAGUCCUGUCACGUCUUCGGCUCUCCUAUUUGCUCCACCACGAGAGCGGAGAGGAGAAGGAGAAGAAGAAGAAGAAGAAGAAGCGGCGGUGAUAUGACAAGAAGCAGCAUCAUUUAAAGUGGUCCAUCUUCUGCUCUAUUAAUUCCACUGCAGCAACCUGAUGCAGUGAAGGAGCUCUUGAGGCUAUGCACUUGCCUGCUUUUGGUGAAAGCAUGUUGUGGGUUACACUGCUAAGCACAAUUGCACUUGGAUGGACAACUCCUAUCCCUCUACUUGAUGAUUCAGAAGAAACAGAUGAGCCUUGCUUUGAGCCCUGCUACUGCGAAGUGAAGGAAGGCUUGUUUCAUGUUCAUUGUGAUAGCAAAGGAUUUACAAAUAUUAGCCAAGUCUCGCAGUCAUGGCUUAGACCAUUCAAGCUCUACCUGCAGAAGAACUCUUUACGGAAGCUCUAUUUCAACAGUUUUUUGCACUUGAACAAUGCAGUGGCCAUUAAUCUGGGCAAUAAUGCCCUGCAGGAUAUCCAUGUUGGGGCUUUCAAUGGGUUGAGCUCCCUGAAGAGGUUGUACCUUCACGAAAACAAACUGGAAGUGUUCCGGAAUGACACAUUUCUCGGACUGGAGAGUUUAGAAUACCUUCAGGCCGACUAUAAUGUUAUCAAGAGAAUAGACAGUGGGGCGUUCCGAAAUCUCCACAAACUCAGAGUGCUCAUCCUUAAUGACAAUUUAAUACCAAUGCUGCCGGCGUUUCUUUUCAGAUCUGUCUCUCUCACGCACCUUGACUUGAGAGGCAACCGACUAAAAACGUUGGCUUAUAAAGGGAUUUUGGAAUAUAUCGGUCGCAGUCUUAUGGAGAUCCAGUUGGAGGAGAACCCUUGGAACUGUGUCUGCGAUAUCAUCCAGCUCCAAGCCUGGCUGGAGCAGAUUCCAUACACUGCAGUUGUUGGUGAGAUCACAUGCGAGUAUCCUUUCCACCUCCACGGGAAGGACCUCAGAGAGAUCAAACGCAGUGAGCUUUGUCCUUUAUUGAAUGAAGCCGAGAUUGAGUCAAUUCUAGGCAUUCUCCACUUACCAUUCUACACAGGGAGGGUGAGGCCUACAAAGCCAUCAUCUAUAGUCUCCCCCAAUCAAAACACUGUUUCCUCCAUGGAACAAAGAGAAAGACCCCCAAAGCCAACAAAACGACCCAGGCCCUCAAAGACACCACCAACACCACGUAGUGUGUUCCCUAAUCAGCCGCCUGUAGCCGGAUACCAGACAAGGCCGCCUAUACCGAUCAUUUGCCCCAUUGGAUGUACCUGUAACUUGCAUAUUAAUGACCUUGGUUUGACAGUCAAUUGUAAGGAAAAUGGGUUUCGGAACAUUUCUGAGUUAAUGCCUCGACCCUUGAACGCUAAGAAGCUUUACUUAAGUGGAAAUCUCAUUCAGAGAAUUCACAAGUCUGAUUUUUGGAAUUUUUCCAGUCUUGAUUUAUUGCACUUAGGAAACAAUCAAAUAUUUUACGUCCAAGAGGGGGCUUUUAUUAAUCUCCCUAAUUUGAGAAGCCUUUACCUGAAUGGUAAUAAUAUUGUGAAGUUAACUCUUGAUAUGUUCCAUGGCUUGGACAGCCUUGAGUAUUUGUAUUUUGAGUACAAUGAGAUACGAGAAAUCCAGCUGGCUGCCUUCAGUUUAAUGCCCUCCCUGCAGCUAGUCUUUCUCAACAACAACCUCCUGCAAACGUUGCCCAUGGGAGCGUUCGCAGGUACCUCGCUGACACGCCUGAACCUGCGGAACAACUACUUUCAUUGCCUCCCAGUCAGCGGUGUUCUAGAACACCUGCAUGCUGUCGUCCAGAUCGACCUGAAUCAGAAUCCCUGGGACUGCUCCUGCGACAUCAUCCCUCUCAAAGAGUGGUUGGACACGCUGAGCUUAGUGGUCAUAGUCGGAGAAGUGGUGUGUAAGACCCCCGAGCUGGUCUCAGGAAAAGAUUUACGCUCUCUGAAUUCUGAAGUGAUUUGCCCUGAGCUCCAACAGUCCUCGCUGUCUCCUGCCAAAUCAGAUAGCGGGUUUGUUACUACAUAUCCCGAGGUGGGGCCGCACCCGACGAAAGGUGCCAUACCCCUCUCCGUUCUCAUUCUCAGCCUGCUGGUUCUUUUUGUGUCUGCGUUCUUUGCUGCUGCAGCUCUUUGCGCAUAUGCUCUUAAAAAGCGAGAAAAGCUACCCUUUAGGAAGCAAGGGGAAGUGGGCCUGGCAGGCAUUCAGAUGGAAUGUGGAAUAUUCACAGAACAGCCACCCACCUUACCAGAGACUCCUCCUUCCAAUCACGUGUACGAUAGCAUCGGUGCUCCCUCCUCACACAUGGGCAGCAACCCCGUUUACAAAAACGGACAGGAGGAGUCAAGGCAGAAGCAUCCAUUCUCAGAGACAAAAGAGAGCGGUUCGCACUACAGAACGCUGGUGGAGAAGGAAAAGGAGUGGACCAUGGCAAUCUCCAGCUCCCCCAUUAACACUAUUGUCACUGUUGGUGUGCCAUGUGGUGACAUUGCCAGCUUCCAUGAAAACGGAAUUCUCUGCCCGACUGUCAUUGAUAGCCAAGGUCCCACGCCCAAGGUGGGAUUAGUGGACAGUCUUUUUGGCACAACUUCCCAGUUUAGCAACCUGCCUGACAGACACACGCACCCUCCCUCAGAGUAUCCACAUGCCAAACAGGAUGCCAGACAAAAGCAAAUGAUCACAAACGCCACAGGGACAAGGACAGGAUGUCCUAAUCAAACCCAAAGUGAUUACCCUGAGCUGAGGGCUAGACUCAAAACAAAGAUGGAUUACAUUGAUAUGCUGGAGAGGUCAUAUCAAUUCUAAGACAUGUCAGAUGUAAGACUGCACAUCCAAAAUGAAAAUGGUAAGAUGGAAAAAGAAUUCAUGCGAUGUACGAUGGUACGGUUUUCCCUCAAGUUGCUCUGGAGGAAAUCCCUCGUUCAGAUUUUUUAAAGUGCCUUCAUAAGAGCAGCCAGCAAUGUUGUAAAUGAGUAUUUUUGUAUCACAGUUUUAUUUAUCUAAAAUACAUAGAUUUAAAUUGGAGGGAAAGGGAUCAACUGUUUCCAGACUUUGAGAUGUUGGUAAACAUGUGACUCAAAUUAUACAUAUGAAUG